GAGCAUCCAUCCCCCACUGGUCUCCGCGCAGGCAGGGUACGGUGCUCCGGGGCGGAACUGGCAAAACGCUAAUUCUAACCCUCACCCUAACCUUCCGACGGGAGCCCCAGCGGCUUCAUCCAGCCCCGACCGUGCUGAGGAGCUCACCCCCGGGGCACCGCGGGGAUGCCCUUCGGGGCAGCCCUCAAGAUGUGGGGGAGGGGAACGAGCACCCCACCCCCCGGCUUUCCAGGGCUGACAUGCAGCUGUAGCCCCAUGCAAAAGAGGUGGCAGAAACCACCUCUGCGCACACCCCCACCACCCCUGCUGCUCGGGAGAGAGCCUCGUGUCCUGCUUCCAGAGGUUCUCCUCACUUCCCAGCGCAGGAAGAGCAGCCUUGAGAAUAUUUCACAUCCCCAGCCCACGCAGUCGGUGCUGUGGGCGUAGGGUUCCUUUGUUCCAGGGUGCCAGCCUUCACCCCCCCCCCAAGGCUGUCACCCAGCUGGUGUCUCCGGGGACUUCACCAGGAAGUGACACUUUCCAUUUCGUGUCACACUCGGCUGCCAAAGAGGGAGGCUGGGGAAGGGGGUUGCUGCUGCCCCCCAUAGUCGUGAGGCACACAGCGAGAGAAAGAGGGAAGGAUGGAAGAGGGUGUCAUGUAUGCUGAGCUGCGCCUGCCCCCUGCACCAGCCCCCAUGCAGACGGUACGGAUGCCCUGGCACUGGGCAGCCCUCAGCCUGGGAGCCCUGUCCCUGCUGCUCCUGCUGGCACAGAUCAUCCUCGUCGGAUUGAGCUUCCACUAUUUAGCCCGACAGGGGAGCUGCUGCCAUGGUCCCCAGUGCAUGGAGAGCCUCAGCUCUGGGCUACAGGCUUUGCAAGGGAGCUGCCAGUUCUGCCCAGCUGGCUGGCUGUGGCAUGCAGGGCGCUGCUACUACUUCUCCUCGGCAAAAAGGAUCUGGGAGCAGGGCAAGGAUGACUGCUGCUCCAGAGGGGCACAGCUGGUCAUCAUCCGAGACAACAGCACACUGGCUUUCCUGACACACGUGUCCCAUAUGGACAUCUUCCACGUGGGGCUGAAGCGGAGCCCUUCCAGGUUUGAAUGGAGGUGGCUGGAUGGCACCGUGCUGAAAGGGCUCUUCCCAGUCCAGCGCUCCACCAGCUCCUUCCUGGCCUGCGGCAGGGUGUCGGGAUCAGGGCUGUCCGGUGGCCACUGUGGGGAAGAACACAGCUGGGUCUGCGAGAAAAGAGCCGUCACCCUGCAGUGGCUGCAGUCCUCACCGCCCACUUUCCUCUGGGGAAACACCACCUAUACCUGCGCGGGGCCGUGGUGACAAUGGAGACAGACAGUGCCCAGCACCCACCCCUGCCUGCCAGGCACCCAGGGCUCUGAAUCUGUACUCACAACUCUUCAUGCCUCCCCUUUGUUUAUUGUACGUUGCUAAUAAACUUUGACACUCACA